AUGUCACGCCCCGAUCACGUGAAAGGAAGACAUGUACAUCACUUCGGCGCGUGGCUUCGUCCUCCCCCCCCCCUGCCUCUAAUUGAAAGCGGCAGCUCUCCUGCGGCAACAGGCAGUAUUUGUCGGAGGCCUCCUGCGUGCAGUCGCAGCCGGGUGGCGGGCGACCAGCAAAGCAAAAUGCACGGAAUGAGGAUGGCCGAGAUUGUGCAGAUCCUCGACCGCGAGGACCGCUGCGUGCGGGUGGCUCUCCUCAUUUUCGCCGUCAUCCAAAUGCUGCUGCUGUCGGCGCUGCUGCUCCCGGAGGACCCGGUCAUAUUGGAGAUUCAACCUCUUCCCGGUUCUGCUAAAAAGGUGCAUCCAGCUUUAACAACUGCAGAUCCAGCUCCACAAAAUGUGAAGUACGCAAAUCAUAUUUUCCCGACAGAUGGUAUCGCGACUAAUUCUACACUUAGCACAACUGAAAACGAAGAUCGCGUUGCAGCUGAGCCAACCAAUACUAGCAAUAUUACCAUUGGAGAAGAGGUUUACGAUCUCGCUGGCGCAGUUAUUAAUUCACGCGUCUCACAGGAAGUGCUGCCCAAGCAGUACGAUCAACCAGCUGCUUCUGGAGUUGGAAAGAGCCCUUCGGAUAUGGCAACGACGAUUAACAGUACAGAAGAGUACGAGUUUGUUCCUUUUCCAGGUUCCACCAGAGCUGCAAAGCAAACGCAGCCACCCAACAACGCAAUAAGUCGUUUUGAUGAGAAAGCAACUACGGCAAAUAAAGAGAAAUCCAUUACCUCUGCUGCACGUUUCGGCCAAGGCUGGAAGGACACGAUCGCCGGCCGCUUCUUCAGGUACGACGUGGCGGGCGCGAAGGUCAAUCGGCCCCAACCAUCUGCAGCCAAUGACCUUGGACAGCGCGAGGCGCUGCCGGCCAUGAACGGACUCGCGUUGCUCCCGCUGUUGGACCGCCUCUAUUGGGCUACCCAGCGCGGACGUGUUCGCACCGCCCACGUCGCCUCCGCCGCCGCCACUGCAGCUGUUCUGCAGGCACUAGCGCUUGCCUGCCCUGUUCUUCUGCUCCUUAAAGCCAAGUAUUGGGGCUAA